CAGACCUAAGAGAGUCCGGUUUUUUCUACAUAGCACCCCAAUAUGUGUGAUAUAGAGCUUUGAAGGCCUAGCCAUUAGACUGCCCACAGCUACAAUUUACAGAUAUCAGGGCCAUUAAACUUGCUACUAGACCCUCCCUGGCGCACGUCACUGGUUUUUUGUUUGCCUGUUGUUUGGUUACUUUUUAGGUUAGGUUAUCAUUCAAAAAAUGGACUGCCUAGAAGAGGAAUCUUUCGAAAAUAAAGAUUUAGACAGAAUGUUAGAAUUCGAGACCCAAAUCUUUUUAGACAUCGUACACCAAGACGGUUUAGUUGUCGCUGCCAAGGGCCUCAGUAUGGAUACGGUGCUAAUAAACCUGUUAAAGGUGUACAGCGAUCCAGGAAAUUUAGUGCUGGUCUUAAAUUGCUCGGAUAACGAAGAGAAACAUUACGUGGAAAAACUUAAAGGCGAACAUACACACAGAAUUACAUUCGAAACUAGUAUUAAAGACAGGGAGGAGAUUUACUUGUUGGGCGGUAUUCAGUUUAUCACUACAAGGAUACUUGUGGUGGAUUUGUUAAAAAAUCGUGUUCCAGUCGAGCAUAUUACUGGAAUAAUAGUUGUGCGAGGGCACACGGUGUUGGAGAGUUGCCAGGAAGCUUUUGCCUUGCGCUUGUAUAGGCAGAAGAACAAGACUGGAUUUGUGAAAGCAUUUUCGAACAGUCCACAAAGUUUUACAGUUGGAUAUGGGCACAUUGAGAGAGUAAUGCGGGCACUGUUUGUCAAGGAAGUGUACAUUUGGCCAAGGUUUCAUUCCACCGUAGUGCAAAGCCUGCGUGCACGAGAGCCUCAAGUUAUCGAAUUGCAAAUACCCAUUUCUGACACAAUGGCCAAGAUCCAGACCUGCAUUCUUGACUUGAUGAAUUUAACAGUCAAGGAAUUGAAACGUGUUAAUAAAACAGUUGAGCUACAGGAGAUAACUGUUGAAAAUUGUUUAACAAAACAAUUUCAUAAGAUACUUCAGAGUCAAUUAGAUUGCAUUUGGAAUCAACUGAGUACCAAAAGCAAACAGCUUGUGGCCGAUUUGAAGACUUUACGCCAUCUUAUUAUAACUUUAUUGUAUGCAGAUUCAGUCACUUUUUAUAAUUUGGUUUGUAGUUAUCGUACAAUGGAAUAUGCCCAGACGUGUACCUGGAUUUUGUUUGAACCCGCUGAACUGAUGUUUACAUAUGCCAGCACGUUGGUAUUUUCUGGAGAUAAAGAGUUAAAUCCAGAGUUCUGCCCAAAAUGGCAUGCUUUAAGCGAGAUUCUAAAAGUCGAAAUACCCGCCGAUAUGCAAAAAGAGAAAAGCAAUGAGAACGGCACAGUACUCAUAUUAUGCCAAGAUAACAAAACAUGUUACCAAUUAAACCACUUUUUAACUCUCGGCCCCCGCCACUACCUUUUCACAAUGGCCCUAAAACGCGGAGUGACAUUUAAAUCCAUCAACAAUAACUUUAAACAGCUGAAAGAAUUGCCCGAAUUUAAAAAUACACCAAAACAAACACAAAGCAGGCGAGAAGUCAGCAACUUUAAGUUUCCCAAGAAGGCGAAAGUGGUGAAGGAAAGUAAAAACGAGGAGGAGGCCAAAAGUAGCGAGACCGAGGAGGAGGUAGACGACUUCAAGGAUUCUUACUGUCUUACAAUGUCACAGACAGUUUGCGAUGAGAGUGACUCAAAGACAGAUUCGGACUGCAUGUUCGAGCCAUUUACCGAGUUUGAAAAUAUGAACUUGACGCAAUUAUGCGAAGCGGCAAAGGCGAACGUAAAUCCUACAAUUCUCAUCCAAACAUUCAGAAAAGCGGACAGCACAUUGGAGUUGCAAAACGUUUUAGAAGAAAUCAGGCCCAGUUACGUAAUAAUGUACCACAGCAAUAUUACAGCAAUUAGAAAUAUUGAGAUAUACGAAGCGCGUCGUAAUAGCACCGUUCCCCUCAAGGUCUAUUUUCUAAUUCACAAUGGAACAGUCGAAGAACAAAGUUAUUUAACAUCACUCAGAAGAGAAAAGGAAGCUUUUGAGUAUUUGAUUAGCACAAAAUCUACCAUGGUUAUUCCCGAAGAUCAGGACGGUAAAACUGACAUGUGCCUAGCUUUGCAAAGGGAAGCCGUAACCGCAGAGAUCAACACGCGACAAGGCGGCGCAUCAACUGCUCCCGCCAAGCAACUAGUAAUAGUUGACAUGCGAGAGUUUCGUAGCGAAUUACCAGCGUUAAUUCAUAAGCGCGGUAUCGAAAUUGAACCGCUUACUAUUACUGUAGGGGAUUAUAUUUUAACACCUGAUAUUUGCGUCGAAAGGAAAUCUAUAUCAGAUCUGAUCGGUUCCCUAAAUUCUGGCCGUUUAUAUCAGCAGUGUACCCAAAUGAGUCGCUACUAUAAAAAACCCAUGCUGCUUAUCGAGUUUGAUCAAAAUAAAACAUUUUCAUGGCAGCAAAAUCAGUUCAUGAUAUCCACUGAUAGUGACAACUCUGAAAUUCAGAAGAAAUUACUGUUGCUCACCCUGCAUUUCCCGAAGCUUAAAUUAGUGUGGAGCGCAAGUCCAUACGCGUCAGCGCAACUAUUUGAGGAGUUAAAGGUCGACAAAGACCAACCGAACGUGGAGUACGCGACGGCUUUAGGCAACGAACAAGACCUAGAUUUAAUCGAAACAAAAUACAACGUCGGCGUUUACGAUUUCGUUUACAAAUUACCGGGAAUAACUUCGAAAAAUAUCGAUCAAUUUAUGAGGCGUUGCACUAACAUGGAUCAGGUUAUCAAAAUGACAGAGAAUGAACUGCAGCAAGUUUUGGGAAAUGCGAAGGACGCUCGGAGCUUGUAUUCAAUUUUACAUGAGGAACACGUCACCAAAAAACCCUCAGAACAAGGUGUUGGCAAAGGGAAAGCUAGGGAGAAAUUUAAAUUUACUAAGAAGUGAGGUAAUCAGGAUAAAAUACAGGCUGAUCUAAACGAAAUAGGCGACUUAUUCUACCAGAGUACAUCCAAAACCCACCAAAAGUGGAGGAAACCUCGCCUAAGGCAUGCUCUAAAUGUUCGAAACUGAAGCAAAAGUGCCCUAUUAGAAGAUAACGCUAUAUGUACAUAUGGGAUGAAAAAAAAUUGCAAAAUAUAUAUAUUUUACAGCGCUCAAGCUGAA